GAAACGCAUGCCUUUCCCGCUGCCGUAAACCCCGUAGAGCAUGUCGUAAAGCCCACCCGCGUUAGCACCGCGUAAACAAGUCGUCGACAAUGGCAGAUUAACCGCGUUAUAUUUCUCAUUUUUUAAUAUGGAUUAUUUAUUCUGGCUCCACGUUCAGCAGAGCAGGGUCGUAUUUUAUACCGUGGUGAACUUUGUGAAUGUUUUAGAGGAGCCAGACGAUGAGUAGACCCACAGCAAUACUAGCUCGAAAAUGACAACAAACACCAACGAAGGACACUCACUGGUGGUGGAGGUGAGCCCAGACAUCCACAUCUGUGGCUUCUGCAAACAGCAGUACAAUAAUUUUGAGGUCUUUCUCGCCCACAAGCAAAAUGGCUGUGCCUUACACACCGCUGACCCAUCAGUCACUACUGCAGCUCUCAAAGCUGUGCUCAUUUUCUCCUCAGAUUCCAACACAGAGUUCAUUUUCGAGGAAACCUACCAGACCUGUGUCAUGAGAGGUGUCAAAAAGAUCAUGACCAAAGCACAGAAAACACCUUCCAGAAAAUUAAAACCUACCCUGACUUCAAAGAGACACAGCUGCUGUUUCUCGGGUUGCACUUUUAAAACACAAUAUGGCCAAAAAGACAUGGAGCGGCAUCUCAAAACCCACACCGGUGAGAAGCCAUUUGAAUGUGAGCUGUGCCACAAGCGAUUUGGCCGGCGGGACAAGCUCAACAUGCACAGUCGCUUACACACAGGCGAGAAGCCGCACAAGUGUAAACACUGUCCCUAUGCAGCAGCAGACAGCAGCAGUCUAAAGAAGCACCUCCGUAUCCACUAUGAUGAACGGCCGUUUAAAUGCCAGAUCUGUCCUUAUGCUAGCCGCAACUCCAGCCAGCUCACUGUGCACCUCCGUUCCCACACUGGGGAUGCACCAUUCCAGUGCCACCAGUGUGAUGCAAAGUUCAAAAUCAACUCUGACCUAAAGAGGCACAUCCGGAUUCACUCCGGUGAAAAGCCCUACAAAUGUGACUUUUGUGAUUACCGCUGUGCCAUGAAGGGCAACCUGAAAUCUCACAUUCAGCUCAAACAUGGCACAGAGAACUCCUUCCAGUGCGUGCACUGUGAUUUCAAAUGCUCCAACAAGACUGCACUGCGGCAGCACUCGCGAGAGCAUCAGCCCAUUCAGCCCAUUCAGUGUUCCAAGUGCACUUACUCCUGCUCCAGCAAGGGGGCGCUCAAAGUCCACGAGAGGAUCCACUCAGAGGAGCGUCCUUUUAAAUGUGACUUCUGCAACUUUGCCUCCAAGCAGCGGAGCAACCUUGUGAUUCACAGAAAGAAGUGCCAGUCAGAAAGGCCCGAAAAAUGCAGCAGUGGGAAAAGUAGCAGAAGUAAAAGUGGAGGAGUUGACUCUCCAAAACCUGUCAGCUCCCGAUAUCGGGCCAAGCUAGAUGCAGCUCGAGUUUUCUGCUGCGACUCAUGUAGUGCUUCUUUUGUCAGGGAAGACUCCCUGCGGAGCCACAAGAAGCAGCAUAGAGAGAAAAUUUUGCAACUCCAGCUCCCUGUCCUAACCAAAACUGUCAACUUGGUUCCUGUUACAAUGUCACAGAGUAACACCCAGCUUCAAGUUCCUAUUCCAUCUGACUCGAUGGCUCCUUGCAGCAAUGCACAGCUCAAAAUUAUAGUAUCACAUCCUUUGGCCCAGCAGAACCCCUUAAUAUCAGCAGGUGUGCCCAAUCAUAGCAAGACCAACAUGGUCCUUCUAAGCCCAGAAAACCAGGACAUGAUAGUGAACUCCAUGAUCCAGCAGGUCAGCCUACUAACUCCCCUGCAACACCUCGGGUCGUCCCACACGGCUGACCCUACCCUUGAACCACAAGCUGUCCUCUUGACGCAGCUCAGUCCCGAAGAUGCUCACAACCCGCUCCACCAGGCCUUGCUGCAGACGGCUAUAACCACUCAGGACUCCAGCAGCAGCACACAAACUUUCAUCACCACCUGCUCCGAGCUGGAAGGCCUCAACGCCUUGAUCCAGGAGGGUGGCACAGAGGUUACAGUGUUGACUGAAGGGAACACAGCCAGGGUGACCACAGUGACACCACCUGAUAUGGCAUGUGGUCCACCAGAGGACAUGUCUGAAACAGGAGGAUCAGUUUCAGUUGAGGAGGGUGCCUUACCAUCUGAGGAAAGUGCAUUACUGAUGCCAAACAUUGGCGUGGGCAGCGGGAAUGUGGUCAUCCAUGGCGUUCCACUGAUUGUGUCCACUCAUCCACAGCAGAGUACAAUAGAACAGCUCUCUCCUAACACACUUUACCCGGAUUCACACAAACUGGAUGACAUCCCACUGUGAGGGAAUAGUUCGGUGUGUGUUUCUGAAAAUAAAAAGAUUGUAACUCCAUCAUAAGCUAUUUGUUUGCCAGUAAGGUUAUAAAGGUUAUGUUUGUGCAGGUCAUUAACAUAGUUACAGUGUUUUGUCUCCAGCAGUUUAAAUGUUAACCAAGUAACAGUGGAGCAGUGUUUUAGUUUGCGCAUUAUUUAGAAUGAUUUGUUGUCAUAGCACAUUUGUUCGAUCCAGAGUCGUCAUGUUUAACACUGAAAAGGUUUUGAAUAUAAAAAUGUAGUUUUAUACACUAAUUUUGCCGGCACCAGAAUAUAAAUGAUUUAUUCUUGCCAAACAUCCUCAAAUUAAUUCUGAAGUGAAACGAAAGACAUAAGCCACAAAUGGACACAACUUGAAAUUGAAUUUCUUUGUGCCAUGUUUUCUCCUGGUUGUCCAUAAGGUGGCAGCAGAGCAGUAAGAGUAAAAGUUGAUGUUUACUCUGAAACAGGAUUGUUGCAGUCUUUAUUCUACACAUUCACCAUGCAGUGUAUACAUUUUCUUUCUUCCCCUAAACCUCAUUGAGAAUCUCCAAAGUAAUCAAUUGUACAUCAAGGUCUUACGUUUUAAAAGCCAAGUUGGUCCACCAAUAGAUUUUUCAACAAAGUGCCUGUUUUGCUUGUGGCCAUCCAUUAUUCAGGCUUUUUUUUUGCUACCCUUACUUCAGCACUUAGUAUUUUCAGAAAGUGAAUGCUGUAUCUGACUGAGAGUCUCCUGUGAACAGUUGACCAUUGAUUUCUCGCUCUUUCCUCGGCGCAAAUGUCUCUCCUGAUGCAGGCUUCUGCAUUUUGUGGCUCAGCAUGGCCGCAAACUCCGAUUUAGUUGUUUACCUGCAGUAAAGUUUCACCUCAGAGCUGGUUUGGGUUUCAGAAAGGGGAAUGUUAAAACCCAUAACUGCAUUUUAAAGAUGUGCUAAACACUAGACCAGUAUGAUGUAUUUGGUAUCAUCUUUUACUUCAUGUUCAGUUUAAUAAAUAGUCUUUUACUCUGUGUUUUCUACACUCA